AUGGAGUCGUCGGGUGGCGGCACGGCGCCGCACCACUUCGUGUGCCCGAUCUCGCUGCAGCCGAUGCAGGACCCGGUCACGGCGCCCACCGGCAUCUCCUACGACCGCCGCGCCAUCGAGCGCUGGCUCGCCGACGGCCACGCCACCUGCCCCGUCACCGGCCGGCCCCUCGCCCUCGCCGACCUCACCCCGAACCACACCCUCCGCCGCCUCAUCCUCUCCUGGGAACCCGCCUCCACCACGGUGGAACCAGCCAGCGCGCCGUCGUCGGAUCGGCACGACGAUCCGGGACUCGACGCGAUCGUCGCCAAGGUGAUGUCACCGGAUUCUUGCCCCGCGGACGACGUGCUCCGGGAGGCGGCCGCGAUGGCUUCUGUGAGCGGCUUUGCGCGGCGGUGCAUGCUGCGCGCCGGGGUGCUCACGCGCGUGCUGCGUCUAUUCGCGUCCUGCGGCAAGAAGAGCUCGCGGGCGGCGAUGAUGCCCACCCUCGACGCGUGCUUGGGUCUCGUCGACGCGCUCUACGUCUCCGCCGACGAGAUACGGCCCCUCGUCGUCGACAACCUCGCCCUCGUGGACGCCCUAACGCACGUGCUGGUCACGCACGACAGCGGGAGCCUCUCCGACGGCGACGUAGCAACGAGAGAACACGCGGUGCGUCUGCUGGAGUCGGUGACGGAGGCGGCCGACGCUGCGCUUCUCGAGCGGCUGCGUCCGGAGCUAUUCCGCGCCGUCACCGCGGUGCUGAGCGACCGCACUACUGUGUCCCCCGGCGCGACGCGGGCGGCGCUGCGCGCGCUGCUCAACGCGUGCGGCAGCGGCAAGAACCGCGUGCAGAUCGCCGAGGCCGGAGCAGCGCACGAGGCCAUCGAGCUGGAGCUGGCGUCCUGGCCCUCGUCCCCCGGCGGCAGCAGCAGGCGCGUCACGGAGCUCGUCAUGGCGCUGCUGGCCCGGCUGUGCGCCUGCGCGGAGGGGCGGGCGGCCGUGGCGGCGCACCCGGCGGGGAUCGCCGUGGUGGCGAAGCGGGUGCUCCGCGUGUCCGCGGCCGCCGACGCGUGCGCGGUGCGCGUGCUGGCGGCGGUGUGCGGCAGGGCGGCGUCGCCGGAGGUGGUGCGGGAGAUGGCGCGCGUGGGCGCCGUGGGGAAGCUCUGCUGCGUGCUGCAGGCGGACUGCGACCCGGACGUGAAGGAGACGGCCAGGGCCGUGCUGAGGAUGCACUCCGGCGUCUGGUGCGGGUCGCCCUGCGUCAGCGCCUACCUGCUCUCUAGGUAUCUCUAGCCAGUUAGAUACUACCGUGUUGCAGUUGCACAGUUGCAUGGUUGCAGCUUGCGACGCAACAUUGCAACAUCGUGUAGAUUAGUUGGACUUUGUUGGUUCGUUGAUCAAUUCUUUGCUGGUCUGUACAUCCUCGAUGAA